UCUUUCUCUUCGUUCUAUAUUCUAAACCCUACGCUCCACAUCAACGCUCUAGCACCGCGCAUUACCGCCUCACCCCCGCACCGCCAACCGCUGCACUUUGAGCUCGGAUUAGAAGGAGGUCAAAUUUUUGCUUUGCUUCCAUAAAAAGGACAGCAUGUAGUUGGUGGAAGCCAAGGUUGGGAUGCAUCCACAGACUUUAAGUCUUGGGUUUCAGGCCAGACAUUUAAUGUUGGCAAUCAACUUGUGCUUGUCAAAGGAAGAGAAGGAGUAAGCACAUUUAUAUCUCCAAGAUAUGAACUCUGUGGCAAGGCGCGUAUCAAGCUUAUUCGGAACUUCAGGUUUCACAACUGAACCCUUCAAAAUUGGGCAUCAUCAAAUGCAGCAGCUUCAACAAUGCAGAGGCAUACGAGUUAGGGUCAUAAAUGGGAACUUGGAAAUGGCAUUGGGAGUGAUGCAGCGUAAGAUGCAAGGAAGUGGGAUCGAGAGGAUGAUAAAGCAGGAGCAAAGAUUCCAUAUCAAAAACUCUGAGAAGCGCGUUUUAGCCCAAAAGAACUUGGAGCGAAGGCUUCGAUCUGAGGAUUAUGCUAAGAAACUUAAAGCCAUUUUGCUCAAGAAAGUCAGUUUGCUUAUUCUGCUGGAAUAUCACAGGGGUCUAUGAGGAGUUUGCAUUUCGCACAAAAACGGGUCAUCAUAAGUUGCAGUUAUUUUAUAAUUUGCAUGCGAUCACUGCAGUUGACACAUUCUUUCCAAUUGCCCUGAUCGGGUCGUGUCGUGUACUUUGUAGCUGUUAUAUUGGGUAGCAUAUGCAUUUGCAAAUUACAAUAAAGAGAGUAUUCAUAAAAUGAUAAGACAAGUGUAUGGUUAGUUAGUUCUUGAAUCUUGGUCAAGACGUUGAAUGUUGUUGUGUUGGAAGCAGUUUUCAAGCAACUGUUGAAUGCAGCAUUUUCCUGGGUAUAAUAGGAUAUGUCCUAAUA